GUCGGGAAUCGGAGACCUCUUGGCCGCACGUAGAUGUCGGCCGGCGUUCGUUUGAGUUCCUCCUUCCUCGCUGAGUACCCCGAAAGCUGUCUCACUCUCCAUUGAAUAAGGACGCAGUGGCUGAAAUCAUGGAUCAGUCGAGGAACAGGCCGAGCAGGCCACGUCUACGUUCGCACGGCAAUUCGGCUAGGGUGCUUGUGUUUGAAAACGAAACGGAGGAGACUGCUGCCUGCAAUGUGGAAACGGAAGCACAGAAACGUCCGAGCCUGCCCAAAGUGGAGAGCAAGGAAGCUCCAGUCCGACCUGUGAGCGGGGAGUUGUCGAAUCUAGUUCGUAUGAGAAAUUCUGCAAUUGGAAAGUCAGCACCCUCUUUAUCGGUUCAUGUGCGUGACUUCAACAUUCCUCGUCGUGCCGCUAAAGCGGUUCAUCGCAAAUCCUUCAUCGCCACCACGUCGCCCACUUUACCACGUUGCCAUUCACCAUUGUCAGCAUUCGUCCCGAUCGUAGGCAGUCCCCUAGAGAGUCCUAGGAUGUCAUCCAGUCCACACUUUGCUUUUGCUCCAAUUAAAAGGAUCGGCGGAAGCGCUACAGGAACUGGCGACGGCAGGAGAUGGUCAGUCGCCAGUCUACCGUCCAGCGGUUAUGGAACAACGCCUGGUUCCAGUAACGUAUCGUCACAAUACUCGAGCCAAGAACGUUUGCAUCAACUGCCAAAUGUUCCCACCAAGGACGAGCUGCGUAUGUUAUCUUGCCACUUUUCCAAGCCUGGGACACCAUGCUCCUCGCAUCCGGGCUUUCCAGGCUCUAGUAUAUCUAGUAUUCCGGGUAGCGUGUCGCUCAGUCUCGAAGAGGAGGGCCGUCGAUCGCCGUUGCAUCGUCCACGCUCGCACAGCUUGAGCAGCCCGAGCCGAUCACCUGUCCUGGACAGCGAGAUUGUCAUGAUGAAUACCUUGUACAAGGAGAGGUUUCCGAAGGCGACGCAACAAAUGGAGGAGCGGCUGACUAAUUUCAUCAAUGAGAACAAGGAGAUAGACGAGUACGAGGUGGUGGCGCACAUGACGCAGGAUUCAUUGCCAAUUUUACGCUUUGUUCAUCAUCAAGUAAUCGAAAUGGCCAGAGACUGCUUACAAAAAUCUCAGGAAAAAUUAAUUACAACGAGAUACUUUUACGAGAUGAGUGAGAACUUGGAACAUCUAUUGAUGGAGACGAAAGAUAAAUCCUUAGAAGCCGCAACGAGACUGACAGGGCUGAUAAGGAAACUUUUGCUAGUUAUAUCGCGCCCGGCCCGUCUAUUAGAGUGCUUGGAAUUUGAUCCCGAGGAAUUCUAUCAUUUACUCGAGCAAGCGGAAGGCCAGGCCAAGAUUAACGCUGGAAUAAAAACGGAUAUUCCGCAAUAUAUCAUCACGAAACUCUCUUUGAGUAGAGAUCCCAUAUCUGAGUUGCAGGAGGACUUGAAUAAAUUGGAAGACUCGGCGAGCUCGAGCGACAGCAAUUUGCAACUGACAUCGAGUCCAAAUAAAGACGACGACAAAAGUCAGCGGAUUCCGUGUGAGAACGACUACGAGGUACUGAAGCUUAUCAGCAACGGCGCCUACGGUGCGGUGUAUUUGGUGAAGGAGAAGACCACUCGGCAAAGAUUCGCCAUGAAGAAAAUCAAUAAGAAUAACUUAAUGCUGCGAAAUCAAGUAGAGCAGGUGUUUGCUGAAAGGGAUAUAAUGAGCUUCACAGAUAAUCCAUUUGUAGUUUCUAUGUAUUGUAGUUUUGAAACCAAGAAACAUUUAUGCCUAGUAAUGGAAUACGUGGAAGGGGGUGAUUGCGCAAAUCUUUUGAAAAAUAUCGGCCCACUGCCACCAGACAUGGCAAGAUUUUAUUUCGCUGAAACUGUCCUGGCUGUUGAAUAUUUACACAGUUACGGCAUCGUGCAUCGGGAUUUGAAGCCUGACAAUUUACUCAUCACUGCCCUGGGACACAUCAAGCUUACUGACUUCGGCCUGAGUAAAAUGGGUCUAAUGUCCUUGGCGACAAACCUUUACGAGGGAUACAUCGACCGAGACACGCGACAGUUCUCGGACAAGCAAGUAUUCGGCACACCGGAAUACAUUGCUCCGGAGGUCAUAUUACGUCAGGGUUACGGUAAACCAGUCGACUGGUGGUCCAUGGGCAUUAUAUUGUACGAAUUUCUGAUCGGUUGUGUUCCGUUCUUCGGUGAGACGCCCGAGGAACUAUUUGCUCACACAGUGAACGACGACAUCGAAUGGCCGGGCGAGGAUGACUGGCCCGUUCAACCGGAGGCUAAGGAUAUCAUAACAGUCCUCCUGCAUCAGAGCCCUAGGGAGCGUUUGGGGACCGGCGGGUCGCACGAAGUUAAGGAACAUCCGUAUUUUUAUGGAGUAAACUGGAACAGCCUGCUUAGGCAGAAAGCCGAAUUCGUGCCGCAAUUAGUUAACGACGAAGAUACAAGUUACUUUGACACUCGCAUGGAUAGAUACAACCACGACUUAGGCGACGACACGGACGACACCGACGAUUCCCCCUUGUUCGGCUCGUUCUCGUCGUACUCGCCCCAAUCGCGCAAAAUCUCGCAAACGCGGCCGCCUCAGCUGAAUCCCGACGCGGACUCGGACGCCACGAAGAAGCAGUUGUUCCGCUACGAACUGGAGCGUACGGUCGCUCAGUUGUCACUCGGCUCUAACGCGUCGUCCGUCACGCCGCCGUCCAAGCUGGCCGACGAGAAGCACCACCGAUCGUCGUUCCCGUCGUCGUCGUCGAUGAAGAACAGUUCCUGCGCCGAUAACAGAACCGACCGGUCGAACACGUCGGCCACGUCGACCGUGGUCUCGAGCAACGAGUCGCAGCUGGCGGUGGUGAAGAACGCUCAGAUGGAGGGAAUGUCGAUCAACCUGAGUACACCAGAUUCCUCGCAAACCGAGUCCGAGGACAUUAGCCCGCAGAUCCAGAGGAAGCGGCACACCCACUCCCGUGACAAGCUGCCCAGGUUCAGUAUAUCCGUUGACGAUGAACACAUGUUGGACUUAGCCGCGGCGAACAAGGACGCGGCGGAGGAGAGCAAGCACAACUCCAGCACCGACUCCUUCGAGUCCUUCAGCGCGAUACCCAUGUUACCGUCCGCCAGACAGAAGUCCCGAUCCGUCAUCAAAUCCGCGUCUACAAGCGGAUUGUCGCUGGUCAUCCCGACCAGCGACUUCUCUUAUGACGCGUCGAUAAAUGCUCAACCCAUCGAGUCACCUGGUGGCUCUUCGACCGCGUCCUCGAGAGACACUUCUCCCUGCCGCGAGCUGAGCCCCCUGGUGACCAGUCUGAAACCGCCCAUCAUCAUCCGACGUGGACCAUGCGGCUUCGGCUUCACCGUGCACACCAUUAGAGUUUACUACGGCGACAGUGACUUAUACACCAUGCAUCAUCUGGUGAUGGCGGUCAAUCAGUCCAGCCCAGCGUUCGAGGCGGGCCUGAGACCGCGUGACCUGAUAACGCACAUCAACGACGAGCUGGUGCAAGGCCUGAGUCAUACCGAGGUCUUGAAGCUGUUGCUGAGCGGCGGUGACCACGUGACGUUGCGCAGCACACCGUUGGAGAACACCAGCAUCAAGACAGGCGGUAGGAAGCGGGAUCUCGCGCAGAGUAAACUGGCACGCCGGACGUUGCACAAGCAAAGGAAGCAGAAGCGGGAUCACUCGGACAAGAAGCGCAAGACGUCGCUGUUCAAGCGGAUCAGCUCGAAACGCGCGAGCGUGGAGAUGCAGCAGCCAUUAACUAUCAGUUGUCCAUUGUCAGCACCCAUUUUGCCCAGCGACAGCAAACCUCCACUUAUGAUGGCCGCCGGGAUUUGCUCGCCCUCAAUGGUCACGCCUAGUCGAUCGUUCCAGUCGUUCACCCGCUCGCAGGAGACGUCGCCUUACUUCGCAGCAUGCGCGAAAUCUGUUUGUAGCCCGUCCCCGCCGACGAAUCGCGCCAGCUCGGACUCUUAUCACUCGACCGGGAACUCGAGCCCGUGCUCGAGCCCGAAUUCCUCGUCACCGGGCUCCAACACCUCCGUGGGUAACCUGACCGGCAUCUCGAACCAAUCGCACUAUCAGCGGCCGAGCACGCUUCACGGCCUGAAGCACAAGCUGCACACAGCCGCGAAGAACAUCCAUUCGCCGAAUCGCAGGAAGUCCGUGGGCCACAUACCGUUGUCGCCGUUGGCCCGGACCCCGAGCCCGUCGCCGAUCCCCGCCAGUCCGACGAGAAGCCCGAGUCCCUUGGCGUUCCCCACCGGUCAUCAGCCUGGUAGCUCCAACACUACACAGUCCUACAGUCCAGGUGUGUGCUUGUCGACGCCGAACAGCCAGAAGAAAGGGUACGGCCGGCCCAAGUCCGCGGAGCCGGGCUCGCCGUUGCUCCGGCGCGCCCUCAGCCCGGACCGGCUGCACCCGCGCUCGGCGGAGAAUAAAACGUCGAUAUCGCCGUUGGCGAACACUGUGGUGAAGGUGACGCCCCGCGUGACCAUCGCGCAGUCGUCCCACAGCGAGGCGCCGGACGAGGCCAGCGACGGCUUCAAGGAGGCCGGUGACGCGAAGAGCGAGAAGAAAGUGCCAAGCGAGCAGAAAGCGGACUACUCUAAGCUGACCCACGGUAUAUCCAUUAACUUGGGCAACGUGGGUAUGUCGAACUCAUGCGCGGGCACGCAGCUGCCGCGGAUAGCCGAGGAGAAGGAUUCGCCGACCGGCAGCAAGGGUGACGACUACACGUCGAAGGAGAUCAGCGAGAAGAGCGAGAAGCAAUCGACGAGCCAAUCCGGAGACGCGGAGAAGGCUGGCAAGAGCGACGCGCGCUGCGACGGCAAGCCGUCGUCCCAGGGCAGCAAGGCGUCGCAGGUCAGCAAGAAGGAGGAGAGCAGCGUUCAGGCCGCCGCAGGUGUCGUUUCAGCGCAGCAAGCGCACCACCACGCCGCGACUUCGCAGAAGAACGCGGACCAGAGACACGGUCAUGCCGGUGAAAAGCCCACCACGUCGUCGUCGUCGCAUAAGACGCAUGCGUCCGAGCAGAAAGCUUCCGCCAAGGGCAACAUAGAGGCUCACCAGGACGCCAGGAAGCUACUAAAGAAACAUAAGGUCGAGCCCACCGACGCUGCUCACUCGAGCACGCACGAGAGCGCCGCUCCGUUGGGGAAAGACAAGAAAAACAAUUAAUGCCGGCGUGACGAAGAAGAGAGGUAGAGGAAGAGCACCGGCCGGGUAUGCGCAGCGGAGAGUUUUUUUGAUUAGAUACCUGUAUGUGUUAAUCAAACGCGACAUGAGAAGCAAGAGAUCAUCCUUCGCGGUUCAAGAUGGAAGAGGUGUAGAUCGUAAGAUGUAUCCAAUGAUCGUACGAGACACGAGAGACUAAUCAAAAAAGAAGAAGGGAGUGGGAGAGAGCGAGGGAAAAGGCGAGAGAGAGAGAGAGAGAGAGAGAGAGAGAGAGAGAGAGGUGGUAGAUUUUGAAUUUAUAGCUUUAUGAAAUUUCUAUAUUCAAAUCUAUAGGCUUCCGUCAAACAAAUACCUGAAAGCGAUUAAGAUACCUAUAUUUCCGAGAGGUUUUAACUAUUUCCGUAAAAAAAAAAAAAUGGUAAAACGUUUGUCAUGCAAGACGUAACGACCGCAUAAACGAGAACUUUCAAACAGAUAUAACAGGCGAGUUCGGGAGAUACGUUAUUUUGAUUGUGUCUACACAAACGCAAAUAUUCGUAAAGUUACUAACUCGAAAUCCACACACGGAAACGGCAUACAUAGUCGUUACCCCCAGCAAGUGAGACGCGAUUCAAGUGAAGUGUGAAGUUAUGCUUCGGGCUACAGUAUUUACACGAUCUCAUUUACAUUUAUAUCUAAUAUUAGUGCACACAUACGCUCACACAUACACACAAGAGGAACUCUCUCACACAUACUCAUUCAUGUUCACAUAUAUAAAUAUAUAGUCGAUAUAGUAUUCGAUAUGGCUCGUAUAUAUUAUCUCGCGUACGGUUUAAUUUUAUAGGGUGUUUACUUUUUCCCGGUGAGGGGGAGGAGGAGAGAAGAAUAUACGAAGGUAUUUUUUUGCGAUAAUUUGUACACAAGAUGAUUCCGUUGUCGUGAGAUAAUCGAAAUUACAAAGAGAGAAAGAGCAAUGAGAUAUAUACGCCGUGUCACGGGGAGAGAUGCAAUCAGUGUUUGCACAUUCGCAUAACUCAGGUAUCUCGUCGCGUGUAACUGCUUAACGACGUUACAUCAUAUAGGUCAAUUAGGGGUAAACAGGUACUUGUUCAUUAGCACAGCAGAAUCAAACACUUAUCGCCGCGCGGAAGCAUCUUGCAUAAUUCAGACGGUAGAGAGAGAGAGAGAGAGAGAGAGAGAGAGAGAGAGAGAGAGAGAGAGANUAUAUGGAAGGUUGAAGCUCGGUACGCCGCAAUGCAUUGAAGUUUUAGUAUUAUACAUAUAUAUACAUAUAUAUGUAUCAUUAGUUUCACUUUGUUAAUUUAUUGUAUAUAGAUAUAUGAUAUUGUAUAAUAACGUCAACGAGAGUCGAGAGAAUGCUUUCAGAGAAUAUAUUAGUGUUUCGUUACAUCUUUUUGUGUUGUACUUGAUCGAAUUUGAAUUCACUAUCGCGCUCACUAUCGCGCGUCAACGAAUAAAGCAAAUCGAAGAAAACAAAAGAAAACUGAGAGUUAAACAGAAAGUAACUUUUUUGCUUCAGCACCGAAGAGUGAGCUUCGUCUCUGCCAUAGGUACAAUUCGUUCGCAUCGUGAGCGAUACUCGAUAUUUCGUCGCAACUCUGUCAGCACGAUGAUGAUCAGAAUAAGCUGAGAAUUGAUCAGUUCGUUCGUCGAAUCAUGAACUACAUUUGUGCUCGUUUCUACCAUCGUGGUUUAAAUCCAAUCGACGGUUAACCCGAAGGAAUUGGCCAAUCGCCUACUGAUCGGUCAACCAAUUGGCCAAUGCCAGAUUGGUCGACUGAUUGGCGAAUUCCGUUGAGUUAGAAUCGUCGAUUAGAUUUCGAAAUCGUGAUGGUGGAAACGGGCAUUACACGGCAAUGUUAAUCCAAAUUAACUUAAGUCUGCAAAAGGUGUGGUAAGCUUUGAGCUGUAAGAAAUUGACCAAUUACAAACGAGUUAUAAAGGCAUAAUCAAUUGUGAUUGGUCAAUUUCUUAAGGCUUAAGGCUUAAAAUACUAUUGUAGAUCGGAGCUUAGUAAACCGUGGUUAGUGAACCCUUGUGUUUGAUUGGGGCAUACUUUUAGACUCAAAAGAAUACACCAAUGGGACGUAAGAGAGCUCAUUAACUACAGUUAUCACUAAACCGGCUUAACGUCGCCGUGUAACAGAAACUCGAUGGUACUCGUACGUGCUGACAUUUGUAAAAUUGCCGUAUAUUUGUCGAACUCAACAUUAGUGGAGCUGUUUAUUAAUAAAUCAACCGUCGCUGACAAAAUCGUGAGUUCUAUUCGGUCGAUAGAAUCGCGGAAUUAGCGGCCAUCAGCACAGCGAAAAGUGCUAUUAGCUGUCCAUAUGAUAUAGCGGUGAUUCAAUUUUUAGCUGUAGGAGCUAAAAACUAGAUAUAAGGGCGAAAAUAAUUUGCUUUGAAUUAACGAAAUUUCGGUUGUGUCGUAUGGACAGCUGAUUUUUACCUGUGGGGUGCUAGUGUUUUUAACUGUGGGAGCUACUUCUUCUUUUUUCCCCGUGAGCGAGACGCAAAGGUGCGUCGCACAGACUCUAUUCGUUAAUAGAGAGACGCGUAUCGUGCCGAUCGACACAAGUCUGCGCAGCCUGUCGUCGCAGAAUUCGGAAAUCGGUACAGCGCAUCUCGGCAACAGUGUGUGGCGCCGGUUUUCUCUGUUUAACUAUAUGUAGCCUCCUGCUUUCUUUUAUUUUUUCACAGUCCGUCCGAUUAUACAAAUGUUAGCGCGUACCACGACGUAAUCACUGCUCAUAGCGAUAAAGUCUACUCUAAAUGUCCACGUUGCUCAUUAGUUCAAUAAAACGACACGUUCAGCGUGCGAUAAAGUUAAGCUUCUAGACGUAAGGACUAGUUAUUGUACGUAAGAAGAAGAAGAAGAAGAAGAAAUCGCGCGGUGUCGAAGCGGCAGCUUGAAGCACGCUUGCACCGUCGGAACGUCCUGCGGUCCCGCGUUUUUUUAUCGUAGUUUCUCUCCGCGGGAUCUUUUUCUAAUGGAGGAGGCUUCAUCGGGCCUGUUUUCAGGCUCUCUCUGAAUUUCAUUCCAACGUAUCGAAAACGUUCUAUCGUAGAAGAAUUAUUGAAAUCGGAUGAUUUUAGCCGAAACGAAAGUAUUUCGACGCCUUCCUCCCCUAAUUAACCGAGUAAUUCCGAUUAAUCCCAAUUUUUAUCAUUAACGCUCUUUAUGUCGUCUACAUUCUCACACCUCCCUAUAUUUGUAUGUGUGCGCGUGUGUGUGUAUAUAUAAUAACAUUACGCUUAAAUACUUUUAUUAUCAAGAUUCUUGUACUACAAAUGUACCCACAAAAAGCAUAUUCUGUAUAUUCUCAAAAUACGUUGAUCGCCAUCUGACGCGCGCGCACACACAACACACACACACACACGCACAAAUAUAAAAGAAAUAAUACAUAGGUGACAUAUAAAAGCAUUAAUUGGAGUUAUAAGAUAAACAGACGUCGAAAUAUAUCGAUUUGGGCUAAAAUUGCCGGAUUCAAUGGAGCUUACGACAAUAGAACGUUUUCGGUAUUCUAAAAUCAAAUUCAGAGGAAACCGGGAACCGGCUUUGUGGACCCUCCCUCCUCCCACCGCGCAUAUCGUCGACUUCGGUACCGCGCACGCGCGCUUGUGCACUCGAGUUUCGUACUUCAAACCGGGUUCGAACAAUAAUCUCCGGUUCUUCCCGAACGAAGAAUCCGCGAGAUCCCGCGAUUUCUCACCCGCUCGAACACGCGCGACAGAUUGAACGCGUCGUCGUCCGAGAAAUCUCUAUCGCUUCACCACCGCGUGGAGCCACGCUAAUCGAACUGAUGUAUCGAGCGACUCGUUAUCGAGGAGGCGAUGCUGCUUCAGUGAACACCGAGCAUCGAGCUCGGCGAAUUGACACUCGCAGCUCUUCGUCUCGUCGUGUUUGUACAUUUUCUUUUUUGCGCAUUGUGUAUGUUGUUGAAUCGCUGAUAUUAUUGACGUCCGUUUUUAGUCUUAAGUGAAAAUCGUUACUGCGUUAAGCUCUCGCGUCUAAGAUGCGGCUAAGUUUCCUGAAAACGUCGCGAGCCAUACACUUUAUUUAUUAUUACGGCGAGGUGGGGCGAACGAAACGGAGGUGUUCUUUUUUUUCUCUCCCUUUCUUCUUCGGCCUUCCUUUGCCGGCUGGCGGUGAUAUUUUCGAUGGAAAAUUUCAAGCCUCAAUUCGUCGUCGAUCAACUCAUUUCCAUUGUUGUUAAAUUAUGUUGAAAAACGGCUUUAGCUUCCCCGUUGUGAUGUAUGAGAGAGAGAGAGAGAGAGAGAGAGAGAGAGAGAGAGAGAGAGAGAACGAGUUCUCUCGGGGGUUUUUCGGUCUAGUAUCGCGACCCGAGUAGCUCGAGUGACGUCUCAGUGGCGUCUCUCUAACGUCAUUGAGACGUCAUUGAGACGCCACUUGACGUCACCUCGUUACUCGGGGAGCGAAAAGAAAAAAAAAUGAGAAACAGAGGAAAAAUACGUAGAUAUACCUAACAAAAUAUAACAAAAAUCGCACUCCAUCGUAUCGUAGCGCGAUUUUCUCGAAGGGACGACACGAACGUUGUAAUCAGGAAGUCCUAAGAUUUCGAAGGAACGCUGGGUGUUCCCGCGUAUCAAGUCUCGCAUAAUGAUAUGGAAUAAUUAAUGUUAUUCGUAGACUAUGUCGUAACAACGCGCGUGUAUGAGUUGUACAUUAUUAUUAUUAUUGUAUCGUAGACGAGACCAUUAUUUGUUAUUUUUUUUCGAAUUCAUAGAGAGAGAGAGAGAGAGAGAGAGCUGUUUCCGUUGUCAUGUUAGAUACGUAAGCUACAUCACACACACACACACACGCACACGCGCACACACACACACACACACACACACACACACACACUGAUAUCGGCAACGACAGACUCUCGGUAUAACGGCGAGCCGUAAGAAUGAGAGAACCCCCGAAAUGAUAAUCGAAUCUCCAGCGGGUCGGAAAUGAAUAUGUUUUUCACACUCUAUCGCGAGGAGGCUACACGUGCGAGAUGAGCAGCCGAAGUGACGUUUAUGCCGAGACUGUCGUUUCGCCGAGUUAGGGUGAAGGAUACGGCUCCGACUUUUAGUAUUGUACGCGAAUUUGUUCUCGCAAGAGCCAAUUGUGUAGACAUUAAGAGCGCACCUGGAGCGCGUGUCAUCGUCGUAAUCGUCGUGGGCGACACGUCGAGUCAGUGCGUGAGGGCGAAUUCGAAUCGUGUGUGCUUGUUUGUGCGUGAGACUUCCCUCGGACGUUGAAUGAGUUCGAGUGGACGCGCGGGAAACGAGGGAGACGCGUGUUCCGCAUAGUUUUGUUGUUGAGAGUUUGAAGAAUUCGGUUCAAGAAUGAGAUAAGUCCAUGAUUGGUCUGUUGGGGGGGGGGGGGCAAAGAGAAAUCCAUUUUAGAUGUGAUUUUGAGCCUGGACGAAAUGGACGAAUUGGGUACUAACAAUAAUUGUGUACUUAUUUUCAUUCUCGCAUUGAAGCUUCCGAUAUAUCGUUUCGUUACCCUUUACCGUCGGUUGUGAUUUUAUAGCUGGAGAAAAAGAAGAAGAAGAGCGAGCGAACGAAUGAACGAGUGAACGAACGAGCGAGCGAGUGGCGAGCGUGUUGCUAUAUCUGUAAAAGCUGUUACCUUCUUUUCUUUCUUUUCUCUUCCCUUUCUUCUGGUCACACGCAGCGCAGGUUUCCCCCGAACGUCCGAAUAUUCGGCCUCCCCGAGUCGCAGCGCGCAUUCGGCAGCUUGGAACGAAGCGUCGGCGUCACGUGUGCGUACUUUCCUCUGUAUCCACUACGAAUGCAAACGAGAUUGUACUUGAGUGUGAUUGUAACAAGAUUCGGAUUUGUAUAAAUGCCAAUGAUAUGCCUCGA